GCGCAUGCGUGGUUUGUUUAUACCGUUACAUUUUUUUUCUCGAUGAAAAAAUGGCUUCCGCUCACAUCUAAACCUUUUCGUAAAGGAUUAUCUGGAUCUGGAAUAAACUGCAGAAAUCGCUUUUCCAAAUAAAACGAAGAGAAACCUCUCGAAGUCGCAGCGGUGUUACGAAGAUGUUUUCAGCAGAGAGGAGAAAGGCGACUAAAUUCACCAUUCCCUGUACUGCAACACCCAACAACAAAUGAGAUCAUGAUGCAUCGCGUGAGCAGCAGCAGCAGUGACUACUGUGUGACUGAGCUGUCAGAGGACUGCCAUCCAGCCAGCCACUUUGAUUUGUGCAGCACACAGUCUGAUAAAUUCUACACCUCUCCCACAACCCCUGGUUUGCAGCUGUCCCUGGCCAGCCUCGCCCCCUUGCCACAGGGAAUCCACAAAGCCAUGGCAUGUCAACUGCAAAACUCUCAGAUCGACUUCCAGGCUCAGGCAAUGAGAAUCAGGGCCUCUGAGGGGGAUGGCUCCAAGAAAAAGAAGGGUGAAUCAAAGUCAGGACGCAGAGGAAGACCAUCAGGCACCACCAAGUUGGCAGGAUACCGCACAAGUACUGGACGCCCACCUGGGACAACCAGAGCAGCUGGGUUCAAAACCAGCCCUGGACGGCCCCUUGGGACCACCAGGGCAGCGGGGUACAGAGUCAGUCCUGGGAGGCCCCCAGGUAGCAUCAAGAGUCUCGAACGUCUCAAGAAGCUGGAGUUUGGGUGUGAAGACGCCAGAAAACUUGACUUGAGUAACUGCAAUGUUCCCAACAGACUGGACUUCACCAGCUGUGAGGUUCCUGCUUUUGCGUACACCAUGAUGGAGACCAGAGACCUCUGUGAGCCUAGCAGCAAAGCAGAUGAAACCAGCGAGUAGUUCAGCAGCCAUCUGCAACAUCUGUACGCAUGAGCGUGAGGAUGCCUCGAAAAACAUUCAUAAAUGCAGAACAUUGUUUUUAACAUGUCUGUCUGGUUUCCUUACCCCCCCCCCCCCCCCCUUCCUUCAGAAGAGUUAACUAAAGGUUUGCUGCCCCAGACUGGUACCGUGCAUGCUUAUAAAUGUAGGGUAAAAAUGUAAUUCAAAUGUUACAGCUAUCUGCUCUUCCAAAACUUUUACUUUUUACAUGUUUUCUCAUAUUGUUUUCCUUUUAAAAAAAUUGAGAAGUAGCAAGUAAAUCUGACUUCUUUUACUGGGGUAAAACAAUAUAACUAGCCUAUUACUGUAUUUUGUGUGAUGUCCACUGUGUGCUUUACUUCACAAUAUAAUCUUGCACCAAAGCUAAAAUUGGUAACAUUUGUAAACUUAUCUAGAUCACAGUAUUUGGAAAUUCAUUCAGUACUUUGUAAAUAUAGUUUAGAUCAUUUAUUCCUGAAUACGCUGUUUUCACCUGAUAGCCACUUCCAUAUUUGUGUUACUAAUCAUCAUAUAUAUGAAAACAAUAACUUUACAAGCUAUAAGCACUGUAGAAGGUAUGUGUUGUAUGUGAAACAACAAUAAAGUCUUUUCCACUA